UAUCAACAAAAUGUAUUUAAAUGCAUUAACCUGCUUGGAACACUGAAUGCAUGGAACUGCCACAGAACGCUGUAUUCCUAUUUGAUUUUUAAAACUUGGGCUAAACUAAAGCUUAGACCAGCAAGAAUAUUAGGUUAUUGGGAGAAUGUGUCAUCAGUUUGUGCCAAUAUUCUGAUCGCUGUUGCCUAUAAAAAACUUUUAUUUUGACUGCUCGCAUACUAGAUGCAAGAGAUUGGUAAUGGAUGUGCAAUUUGAAGAAGAUCUUUUCGAACAAACAGGGCAGUAUGAACCAAUCACAACUCGAAUUCGAACUAUACUCCGUGAAUACAAAGACGGCGUCGGUAUUUUCAAAGAAUUGAUUCAAAAUGCAGAUGAUGCUGGAGCUACUAAAGUCAAGUUUUUGGUGGACUGGAGACAAGGAGGAACGAGAAGUCUUUUCUCCCCUGGCAUGGCUGAAUGUCAAGGACCAGCAUUGUGGGCCUACAACGAUGCUUUGUUCACUGACGAUGAUUUUGAAAAUAUCAACAAGCUUGCAGGAGAAACGAAAGUCGAGGAUAUUUCAAAGAUUGGUAGGUUUGGUCUUGGUUUCAACGCCGUCUACCACCUCACAGACGUUCCUAGUUUCAUCAGCCGAGAACAUUUGAUCGUCUUUGAUCCAAAUACUCACCAUUUACAACGACACAUUCAGAACAGAUCUCGUCCAGGAAUUCGUAUCAACCUUGUUGAGAAAUCAGACUCCUUAACACGUUACCACGAUCAGUUUCAGCUGUAUAAUGGUGUCUUUGGUUGCAACACAACGCAAACAGAAGACUUUUACUAUAACGGAACAUUAUUCCGUUUCCCUUUCCGCACGGCCGCCCAAGCAAGAACCAGUGAAAUCAUCAAAACCCCAUAUGAUCGAGACAAGAUUCAAGCUAUUGUUCGUAACCUCUGUGAAUGCGCCUCAAAUCUCUUGAUCUUUUGCCAACAUAUAAAGGAGGUACAAAUCUACGAACUAGAUGAAUCGAGUCAACCUGGCAAAAUACAGUUGGUGCUAUCCAUAAACAAAGAUAACAAACAAUCUGCUUGGGAGAUGGGGCAACUAGCAGUAAACAAAGUGCCGUUCAUUGUGGAGUGUUCAAAGUGGUGGGAACAACGCCGUGAGUCUCCAAGUCCCCCCGUUGAAUUUCCAUCUGAUUGCGAGCUUGUGAACAUUGAGAUUACACAGGAGCAAUCAGAAUUGAGUGGUUGUGGUCGUCGACACAGCAGUGAUCAUACGUGGCUUGUAGUGUCAGCCAGUGGGAAAAACGCUUCUCUUAAAAUCGCAAGUUCACCAGAAGGUCGGGCACGUGGUUUCUUGCCCUGUGGUGGAGCAGCAUUUGUUGUUCAGAGAUCUUGCGAGCAUGACUCCAACUCCGAUCUUUCUGGGGAACUGUUCUGUUUUCUUCCAUUGUCUAUUCCUACUGGGCUUCCUGUGCAUAUCAACGGCUAUUUUGCCAUCAUGUCUAAUCGCGUUGAAAUUUGGAAACGGUCGAUUUUGCCAACCCAACCAAUCGAGGUGGAAUGGAAUGAAGCACUUAUGAGAGAUGCGUUAGCCAGAGCUUACAUCAUGCUUCUUGAAAACAUGAAAGAUUGGAUCGGUAAGAUUAAGGAUUACAAAUUUCACAAGUCUUUGGUUCAGAAAAUUUACCAUAUAUUGUUGGACGCGCAAUCCAAGCUUUUUUUCUGCGACGGAAUGUGGAUGAGUAUCAACGAUGGCCUAAUAUUGAGCGAUGAUUUUACUGGAAUCAACGAUGAAGCAUUGGAGGUAUUACGAUUAAUGAGGAAAUCUGUUUUUAAUGUUCCCCCUCGUGUUUUACAGACCUUAAAAAAGUUUGAUCGAUGGCGUAUCCUGGAACGACACACUUUGACAUUCACCAUGUUCAUGGAAGCCUUUAUCCCCAAAAUUAAGACCUUCUCUGCCACCCUACGAGAUACCAUCGUUUGCUUUGGUUUGGAUCGAAUCAUGAACGAUAAAAAAUCCUUUCUUUCUUCAGGCACAAAGGAAAUUACUCUCUUUAAACAGAAUGCCUGUAUUUCAGUUUCACAAGAAGGAAAGAUCCUCUCGAAACCUUCGGAACUUAUCCAUCCGUUUGGUCCUGCAGCUGACUUGUUUUCCGUAGAGGAUCACCGUUUUCCUGUAGGAGAUGAACUUCGUGAAGGUACCAGAUUGCAUGUUUUGGAAAAACUUGGUAUGGUGAAAGACCUGGAUUGGGCCAGAAUCUACGAAAGAGCUCAAUCCGUCGCUAAAACUAGGGAUCCCAGACGAUGCCGAGAACUAAUCGCAUACAUUAACAAGCGAAUAGAACAACUGCCGAAACCAGUUAAAUAUCGCAGUGUGUUUCAUCAGGUUGAGUUUUUGCCAGUGUUGAAAAAACCCGCCGGUCAGUACCUUUUACCUUGGAAAGGAUCGUCAGUUUCGGCAUUUUCUUCCUCAAGCGAUGCUUUCUUACCAAAAGAUGCAAAGCUUGUCGGAUCUUCCUGUUUAAUCAUUGAUACAACAGACGAAAGUGGUUGUGGAAAGAUGAAUGCAAAAGUGAAACAUUUUUUUGGAUUUUCGAGCCGUCUGCCUGAAGACAAGUUUGUAAUUCAACAGUUGGACGAAGCGAAUAAAUUCUGGAGUCAGUUAAAUGAAGAGGAAAGACAAAAAGUGGGAAAGAGAUCUGCAAUUGAAUCCAUCUGCCUGAGCAUUUAUAAGUUUUUUAACACCAGAACUCUUAAGGGUGCUGCAAAUCUAAGUUUCUUGAGCGAACUACGUAAUCGAAAAUGGUUGUUUCUCCAGGGCAAGUUUGUAGAAAGCAAGAAAGUGGCUUACGCGUCUGGCGGAAACGGUGCUCCAUUUCUAUUCACCCUUCCAUCCAACUACUCAAAGGAAUGUCCAAAUCUUUUUGACGCGAUGAAAAUCAAACGCGCAUUUGAUGAUGGAGAUUACAUUUUUGCUCUUUCUGAAAUGGAAAGCAUGAAGCAUGGCGGUGCAUUGACUAUCGAUGAGUUACAAACUGCGAUUUUUUUUAUCACUGAAAUAAACGUCAAAAAUCCUGCCGUGAAAGAUUACAUAGGUAAGAUUCCACUCCCAGACACUGACAGCAUUUUGCGCCCGAGUAAAGAUGUUGUAGUAAACCUUAGCUUGUUGCUCGAGGAUUCUGGAAAUACCCUUAAAGUACACGAAAGGAUUCCACCACAAAGAGCACUUGCUCUUGGCGCAAAAUCUCUGAAAAAUGUUAUGUUGAAGAAGUAUUCACCUAUUGGCUACGGAGAGUCAUUCGGGCAACACGAAGAGUUAACUGACCGACUAAAAGGAAUUCUGGAUGGUUAUCCUGCAGAUGGAAUACUGAAGGAGCUUGUGCAAAACGCCGACGAUGCUCAAGCCUCGGAGAUACACUUCAUACACGAUACUCGACUUCUGAAAUGUCAAAAGGUCGUGGUUGAAGGAGAAAUGUCUGCGGAAGUGCAAGGACCAGCACUUUGUGUCUACAAUGACAGACCAUUUACAGACAAAGACCUGGAGGGAAUUAAGAAUCUUGGUAUUGGAAGCAAGCGAGAUACUCCAGGAAUGACAAAAUAUGGAAUUGGUUUCAAUUCGGUUUACCAUCUUACCGACUGUCCCAGCUUUUUAUCCAACGACGACACUCUUGUGUUUCUCGAUCCUCAUUCCCGAUAUUUUGAUGAUGAUGAUCGUGGCCAAAUAUUCAAAUCCAUGGAUGCUGAGUUUCGAGAUCUCAACUCCGAUACACUCAACGGAUAUCUUCCUGGUAAAUUUAAUUUAAAAGGCUCUACUAUGUUCCGUUUUCCAUUAAGAAGAAAAAAUAAUGAAUCUAAGAUAUCCAACGUGGCCCCUGACAUGAAAAAACUUUUGCUGAGCUUUCAAAAGGAAGCUCGUAAGUCAUUAUUGUUUCUCAAUAACAUUAAGAAGAUAACGUUAUCAAAGAUUGAUCUAAGUGAAAGACUGGAGGAAAUAUUUUGUGUAGAGUCCGUGAUCACUCCGGAGGAUGAAAUGAAGCGUCAAGAACUGGCACGCCAAGUUGGAGAUUUUAAGAACAUCCCAACCGCGAAAAUAGACUGGGAGGGAGUUAAUUACAGCAUUGUAAUUAAUGAAAACAAAAAGAAAGUUGAAAAAUGGUUAAUACAAAGGUGCGUUGGGUCAGUCGUUUCGACCUGUGCUCCUGAAAAUAGCAGAAAGAUCCCCGAUGGUCGUAAAUUUGGUCUUCUUCCACGAGGUGGCGUAGCUGCUCGUCUGUGGAUUCAUCCCUCGUUCGUCCAGAAACGACCAGAUCAAGAAUUUCGUGGCAUUGUAUACUGUUUCUUGCCUCUUCCACAGAAUUGUACUGAUCUUCCUGUUCACGUCAACGGUCAUUUUGCGUUGGAUAGCACAAGACGAGGACUUUGGACAGACACUGAUGGUAAAGGAGAAAAAUGUGAAUGGAACAACUUCAUGAAAGGCUCUGUAUUACCACGUGCCUACGCUGAUUUGAUCAUCGAAGCCCGCGAUCAUCUGUGCGAUGAUGACAACCAAUUCUCACGUUACCACGAGCUGUUCCCUAGAAUUUUGAGGGGUUCGCCUUGGGAAACCCUUACUAUUGAAUUGUAUCGUUAUCUUGGACAGACAAGAGCCAAUGUGCUGCCAUUGCUAGUUCUGGGCGAAUCAGGAAACGAAGCGACGAUAAAUUCUGGUGAAUUCCUAACGCGCCACACGUCGAUUACCGCCACUUCUAGCUUACACCAACCUGUACGUUUUUCCUGCGCUGAAUGGAUUUCUGCUGACCAGGCAUACUUCAGGCGUUCUAAUGCAAGGAAAGAUUUUUUGUAUCUUUUGAUCCGAAUUGGCCUGCCUGUGUUGAUCCACGCGCCUUAUCGAAUAUGCGAAAGCUUUCGUUCAGUUGAUGUUCCUUCGCAUGAGGUAAAUCCAAACAGCGUGAUUAGUUUUUUAAGAGGAUUUAAUUCGACAGGAUCUACUUGCAAGAUUGGAAAACUUCCGGAAAAGUUGCGAGCCACUGUCAUCGAGAGAGUUGCAGACUUGUUGGCGUUAAUAGAAUAUUGUUGCAGGAAUGAGAGUUUCAGCAAACAACUAGAAGGAUUACCUUUACUUUUAACACAAGAUGGCCACCUACGAAUGUUUGAAUCACGCCAACCUGUAUUUCAUUCUACAUUUGGCGACCUCUUUCCGACAAAGUCGCACUUGUUUAUUCAUUCUGAAAUUUGCCAUGAAAUUCCAUCAGAUUCCACCCUAUCGGAAGAAAAGAUUGUUCACCAUUUAACUGAAAAAGAUCUCGCAGAAUUACUACCACAGGUGUUCACAGAGAAAACCUUAUGUGCUAUCAAAAAUAAUCCACAGUGGAAACUCCCUGCCAAAGGAAUUUUAUCAGAACAGUGGUUUAGGCGAUUUUGGGAUUUCCUGCAAAAUUACACAAAUCCUGAGCCUGGGAAAGAUUCUGUCUCGUUAGAAUGCCUAUCAGAAUGGCCAAUUAUUCCAACAACGUGUGCAAAACUUGUGACAAUCAAGGAUGCGAAGUCUGUUUUGGACAUGACAGUUUUAGGCCACGAGUCCUCCCAACAAGAAAACGUUCGCACAUUUUUGAGUAAUCUGGAAUGUCCAGUACUAGACAAAGACAUCACGUUUCAGGAAAGAAAUUCCGCGUAUGCAAGAAAUGCUAGUGCUAUAACUGGUACUUAUGUCGCUCAUCCCCACAAUGUCAGGGAUGUCCUUGGCGUGCUCCAACACAUGUCGACGAAAAAACAGAUCGACAUUUCAAAAGUAUGCGAAGAUAGCAUUCUCGAAUUCCUUCGGUUUGUGCAAGAUAACUACAGAAGGUGGGGAGAAUGGGAGAAGUGCAAGGAAAUAACAAAGGAAUUACCGUUUCAUAAAGCAAUGGACGGACAGUUCAUUAGUUUGAUCGGUCCCUAUUCUUCCUAUGCCCUUGUUCCGUCUGGCGUCCCAACGCAACAGUUAAAUGAGCUGCAAAAUCGAGCUGAAUGUCUUUUCUUGAACUCAGACGCAUUAUUCACCCUGGAGAAACUUUACACCGAUCUUGGCGUCAGAGGUGGUCAAAACGUUACCCAGUUUUACGUGAAGUAUGUUUUCGAAAACUUCACCAUUUUUACGAGGGAAAGUCAAAUGAAGCAUUUGCAGUACAUCAAAGACAGCAUUUUCCCGUCACUUCCUCAAGGUGGAUCAAAUGAAAAAAGCGUGUUUCUAACGAGUUUUAAAAAAACUCCUUGUAUUCCUGACGAAAACGGCAAACUGCACGUUGCAGCUGACUUCUUCGACCCAUCUAACGAGCUGUUCAAAGUAAUGUUUGCAGACGAUCUCAAGAAAUUUCCUCCGCCACCGUUCGAUGAUUCAACUUGGUUACAAUUAUUGCGUGACAUUGGAUUGCAAGUUGAGGUCACACCCCAGUUGUUUCUCCGAUUUUGCGAGACGGUUUCCGAGAAAGGAAAGCGUUUAUCCACCAUUCAACAAAGCCGCGUACAAUCCAAAGAGCUAGUAAAGUGCCUAUUUUCGAGCAUUGCCUUCGAAGAUGAAAAAUUUCUCUACGAGGUAUCACAAAUCAAGUUCGUUGCCGCUGCGAAAGCGGAGGAGAAACUUACCUCAAUUCAUGAGCAGUAUCAGUGUCAACCUAACAACUAUACACCGUUUAUUGAAUUCCGUGAUGCAGUGCCGUGGAAUCUCAGAUUUACAUCAUGGUCGACUGUUCCUAUUCUCCCAGAGUGGGCACAUCUAAACGAUAUAGUCAAACUAAAAAAACUAGGGGUUGCCUGCUCCGGACCGCAAUAUAACAAAGUAAUCGAUCAUCUGCAAAACAUCGUCAGUUCAUCUUCUAUAGAGUCUGUUGAUGGUGAUCUGUUGAAAGAAAUUACAAAGUUUAUUUAUCAGUUUUUGUCUAAUGCCACGCAAUGCGGCGGUGGCAAUCCUGAUGACAAAUGCAGUUAUAUUUGCGUGGAUAUUGGUACUCGACUAAAAGAUAGCUCAUGCAUAUAUCUGCCGGAGGAUAAAACGUUUGUAAGAGCAAAACACCUUGUGGUCAAAGCACCUCAUAAAUUCCCUUUUCAACCAUUUCUCUAUCCUGUCCCUGGCGAUUUUGGAGAAUUACAACAUUUUCUCAAAAGGCUUGGCGCAACCGAAAGACCAAUACCGUUGCAGAUUGCAUACUUUUUGAAAUCCAUUCACGAACAGAUCGGAGAAGAGAUGCUAUCGUGUGAAGACGAGAAAAAAGUCAAGUAUGCGAUGCGUAUAAUAUUUCAUUUGCUACACAAAGGCGGAAGUGCCUUAGGAAUCGAUGAACUGUAUUUACCAAGUCAAGGUAAACUACUGGUCAAAUCCAGCGAGAUGGUUUGCAAUGUUUCACCACGUUUUGCCGAGGUGAUCAAGAAACUUCGACGUCCAAUUCUUGUGCGAUUUGAGGAGUGUGGCUUGAAGAAAGCGGCUGAUGGUUAUAUUGAUGCUCUACCGGAGAGUUUAACUCCCCUGAAGUUCGACGAGAUACUGCGAGAAGAAGUCGCGCCUGACUGCAAACGUUCUAUCUGUCCCGAGGCUCAUGAUGGUUCUGUAUGCAAAUUUCAAGAACAAUUUCAGAAUUUGUUGAAAUCGGACGAAUUCCAAGCGGGGAUAAAACGACUUCUAAUGCACGAUCGAAAGAAUCCUCAAGAGUAUGAGAAAAAGAUUAAGAAAUUACGGGCAGACGUUAGGACAAAGUGCGCAGGAUUCGAAACUAUAAAAAUCCAUAUCAUCCAUCGUGAUUCAAAUGAAGUCUUGGACAGCUUGGAGGAUAUUUGCUAUGCAGUACAGGAAAAAGACGCAUGGACAUUGUAUAUGCAACACGAAUUUAAAGAUGACAGAAGAUUGCUUUCAGCUGCUUCUUGUGUCAACAAGAUUCUAGGAGAUUGUAUAAAAAGGAGAUGGGUAUUAUAG